AUGGAAGGGGAGAGGAAAACUCGUAUGCCAAGCAACAACCCUAUCAAGCAGCAAAGGCUAAAAGGAUAUCAGCCAGUCCAUACACUCCAGUCAACAAUCUUGAUUCUACUAGUCAUUGGAGUUCUUUUCUUUAUUUUUGGCGUUGCUCUAUACCUUGAAGCUGAUAAAGCAAUAGAAAUCACCCAAAGAUAUGAUGAUUUGCCUGAAUGCCAAGUGUCAUUAGAUAAUUCCACUACUUGCCGAGUAGCGCUUGACAUAAAAUUCGAUAUGAAAAAGCCUGUUUUUCUUUAUUACCAGAUGAGGUAUUUUUAUCAAAAUUAUCGAACUUAUGUUAAAUCUAAAUCUUGGACACAGCUCCGAGGAGAUGAUAUUGACUCAACAAAACUUGCAGACUGUGACCCAGUUGAGUAUGUCAAAGAUCUGAAUGUCAAAAGCAGCCUGAACGGAGAAAUAUUGGAUUCUGAAUCUGUAGCCAACCCAUGCGGCUUAGUUGCAAAGAGCUUUUUCAAUGAUACUUAUGCAUUUUAUAAUGCUAGUAAUGACCAAAUACCUAUUAGAGAAACAGGGAUUGCAUUAGAAUCUGAUUUCGAAACAUUUAUCAAUUCUGACAAUUACAAAACGAUUCAAUGGAUUGAUAAAGAAGACGAGCAUUUUAUUAAUUGGAUGAAAAUAGCUGCUAUGAGAAAAUUCUGGAAACUUUGGGGAGUUGUUGACCAAGAUAUCAAGGCUGGACAAUACUUUGUCGAUAUUACUAAUAAUUAUGAUGUCUCAAAAUGGGGAGGAGAAAAAGCGGUUGUCCUAACUACUGUAAAUGCAUUAGGGGCGAAGAACUUUUUCUUAGGAUCAGUGUUCCUUUGUGCAGGCAUCCUCUGCUGUAUAGCUACUGUAUUCUUUUGCAGUAUGGGAGUUAUGUCAGAGAAGAGAAUUAUUGAAGGCGACCAUCUUAAAUGGAAAUAA